AUGGGGAGGGAAACCAGGGACCCAGCAGCUUUAGGGUCUUCAAUUGCACUUCUGCAAGAAAGAUUCAGGCAGCUGCAGAGGGCAAGAGAGCAGAGAGAGGUGAGGGAACUGAAGCUGCUGUUUGAGCCUCAAGUUAUGAGUCCUGCCAGGAGUUUUGAGGCGGGAAAAAAGCCGGUUUUCGUGCAAGAAUCGGGCUUGGUUCCGUUUGGGGAAGGCGAUAGGGAUCCACUCACACUUGGGCUCAACUUGAGCAGCAGACAGGCAGAUUUUCAGGCUAUGAAGAAAAGGGCAUUAUUGUGGGGUGAUCAGAAGAUCAGUGUGAGCACAGGAUAUAGAAAGAUGGAAAACUGUGAUGUGGAUACCUCUCUUCAUCUGUAG